UAUAUAUAUAUAUAUAUAUAUAUAUAUAUAUAUAUACACAUAAUUGCGUUAACUACUAAUAUAAAACAUGAAUCUCUUACCAAAAACGCACGAAGAGUUCAGUCAUGCAGAUUAUUGGAACACAUUUUUCAAAAAACGUGGCAAAAAAGUGUUUGAAUGGUAUGGUGAAUAUCCAGAAUUAUGCGAGAUACUUUUAAAAUAUGUCAAAGUGAAGGAUGAUAUUUUGAUUGUUGGUUGCGGAAAUUCUACACUGAGCAUGUCCCUGUACGAUGUUGGUUAUAGAAAUAUCAUUAAUAUUGAUAUAUCACAUAUUGUUAUCAAACAAAUGCGUGAUAUAAAUAAAAGUACAAGAUCAGAUUUAUUAUAUGAACAUAUGGAUGCCACAAAAAUGACAUAUCCUGAUGAAAAGUUCAGUGUGAUUCUCGAUAAAGGUACAUUAGAUGCUUUAAUGCCAGAUGCCAAAGAGACAACUAUAUCUACAAUUGAUAAAUAUUUUAAAGAAAUCACACGAGUGUUACGAAAUGGUGGAAGAUAUAUCUGUAUAUCAUUACUGCAGGAGCACAUCUUGCGAAAGCUCUUAUCUUAUUUUCCUGCUUCGGGUUUCAUGUUCCGCAUAUCACGAUGCCAUGAAGCUGAAUCAAAAGCACGUUUAGAGGAAGGCAGUUUGGUACCAAUCUUUGUGAUCAUUGCUACAAAGUUUAUUAAAUUAUCCCAGACCGUCCUUGAAUUAGCUCUGGUCGAUGGUCCACCUGAACGAUUAUCUUCAAUAGAUGAUAUGGUAUCUGCGAUAUUGUCCGCACAACAAUCGGCAUUAGUGUGCAGUAGUCUUUAUAAGAGAAGUGUUGCCGAUGUAGGAGAAAUAUCAUUGGAUUUACAUCGUCCGGGAGACAAGCAUCCGCGAUAUACCGUUUAUGUUCUAGAUCAACCUUGUAUACGCGGAGCGAAAACGUAUGCGGCUUUCAUCGUUCCACAAGGAAAAGAAAUGGACUGGUUGUUCAGUACCAAGGAAGGGCGACAGCAAGUUCUAAAAAGCGCGCAACGUGAUAGACUUGCGAUAGUUACUUUACGCAGAGAACAUAAAUUCGAAAGUUGGGACGCUGUAAAAACCGAAUUAGAAGACUGCGUACGCAAUCUAGCACCGGCCGGAUUGUGUGGUAAAAAUGAUAUUCCCUUUUUGUCGUUGGGUUCCGAUGUCGGAGCUCGAACCAUUUGUUACGAAGGGAAGAGCGACAUUAGUGGGCCAUUCGUAGUCGAAGAAGUGGAAAAGGACGGUCACGAAUUCAGACGUCUUGUAUUCCUGAACAAUCCAUAUGUUAUUCAAAGUGAGGCUAGACUGAAAGAAGCAAAGUCUAGACGUGGUAAAACGAAAAAAAUUGCCGAUCCUGGAUUUCUAGCUUGUGAACAUCACAUUCAUAUGAGCGCUGGCGUAAAUGCAGUAAUAGAUAUAAAAGAACAACAGGAGAUUAUGAUUAUAGGACUUGGUGGUGGUGGUCUUUGCAUGUUCUUACAUCAUUGUUUCCCCAAAUUAAAAAUUACUGCAGUUGAAAUCGACAAUGCGAUGCUAAAAAUGGCCACCGAAUAUUUCAACCUUAUUCUUGAUGACAGGAUGAAAGUAGAAAUAGCGGAUGGAAUUCGAUUUAUUAAAGAUGCCGCAGCAUGUGAAAAAAAAUAUAAAGCAAUACUCUUUGAUAUUGAUAGUAAAGAUACUACUGUCGGAAUGAGCUGUCCACCUAAACAAUUUCUCGAACUAUCAGUAUUGAAAGCAGUUGCAGCAUGCUUAACGAAGGAUGGUCUUUUUAUUUUGAAUCUGGUCAGCAGAGAUAAGAAUUUAAAACAGAAAGCAAAGGAUGACCUAAACUCAGUAUUUCAAUCGCUCGCCUGUUACGCCAUUCAAGAUGAAGUAAACGAGAUCGUUAUGUGCUCCAUAGAAAAACAUGAUUCAAAAGAAUGGAGAAACAAACUUAAACUCGCCGCUAUGAGCUUAAAUAAGCAAGCGGCUGCAAGAAAGUUAUCCUCUUUUAAGGAAGCAUUUGAUGUCUCUACACUUUUAGAAAGCUUAUCAAUGGAAUCCUAAUCAUUUUAUAUAAAUAUAUUUUCCUCAUAAUAAAUAAAAUUAAAAA